AAUGCUGCUCAUGCAUGACUCCAUGAGGGCCUUGUCCGGCGCCUAGCGAACCUAGAAACGACUUUGCCGCACUUGACGUACGUAGGCAAGGCAUGCCUACCGGAGGCCACUGCGUUUGCCACUGCGUAAGCAUGCCCCUGUCUUCCACUAUACGCAGGCAACUACUGAUAUAAGCUAUGCAUGUGCACAUGUUGCGCGGGUCGCAUGACCUGCCGAUCUGCGGACGUUUCUCCUUCCCCCUCAGCCUCGUGCCUGAUCGAAGAUAGCAAGACGUUUGGCUGCUGUCUUCGCAGCGUGAAAGUAUGAAAGUGAAGUGAUCCCUCCUGUCUCAAAGCCGAAAAGCAGCCUGGUUCAAGAGCCACCGCUGCUUUUGCAAGGCUGCAAUCUCACGCCAUGAGACUGCCCCAAGAGCGCACUUCAAAAAGUUCAACCCCAAUUGCGCUCAUCGUCACCCGUCCUCCUCUUCUCAAAGCCCCUUUGAGCGAUCUUCAAAGUGCCUGCCAAAGACCAGUGCUCAGAUGCGCUCACUGUCUCCUCAGUCCUUCCGCCAAACGCCUCUCCGACGUCCCAUACUACCUCUCUCAGAUUGUCUUUUCACAGAACUAAUGAUUGGGGCAUGACUCCAGAGAGCUCUGAGAGCGCCUCCCUUCCCAUUCUUGCCCUGAGAUCGCUCUUGAGCAAGUCCAAGUCGUGCAUGGCCAUGGACAAAGCAGGGGCGACGAUCAAGCCAGCGAGUGAGGGGUCUUCAGUCAAUGGAACGAGGCCUGAGGUUGAGAUGGGGCCCACAGCGUCAGUCUGGACUGGGGACGCUGAUCUUGAAGGGCAGAAGAAGCGUCAUCUGGCCAAGAAAGCGGGCCUCCUAGCCACGAUUGGACUGGCAUAUCGUGCCACUGGCGUGGUCUAUGGGGAUAUUGGGACUUCCCCGCUGUACGUCUACUCGUCUACGUUUUCAGACGGCACUCCAUCUACUGACCGCAUCCUAGGAUGCGCAUCGCUCAUCUUCUGGACGCUCACUCUGGCCGUGUUGAUCAAGUACAUGUGCUUCGUCAUGUUUGCUGACGACAAUGGGGAAGGCGGCACCUUCGCUCUGUAUUCCCUACUUUGCCGAAACGCCAACAUCACCCCCGGGGGGGGCGCCGCCCCGGUAGCCGCCGACCUGCAACUCUCCCGCUACACCUCCAAGCACUCCUCCCGCCAGUUCCUGACGCGCAAGACUCCGGCCAGGGUCCUCAAGAACAUGUUAGAGCGGAAGGCCUGGGCGCGGAACGCGCUCCUCAUCCUAGUUCUUGUCAUGACCAGCAUGGUCCUGGGUGACGGCGUGCUGACGCCAGCGCAGUCGGUGCUGGGCGCGGUGUACGGGAUCCAAGUGAAGCUGCCGUCCACAAGUACCAGCGUCAUCGUGGGCGUCUCGUGCGCGAUCGUGGUCGCCCUCUUCGCGGCGCAGCCCUUCGGCACCGGCCGCGUCGGCUUCAUGUUCGCGCCCGUCGUCAUCAUCUGGUUCGCCUCCAACGUCGUCAUAGCUAUAUACAACACGGCCACGUAUUACCCCGGGAUAUAUAAGUGCCUGAGCCCGCACUACGCGUAUUUCUUCUUCAAGGACGACGCCCACCGCGGCUGGCGCCAGCUGGCGGGCGUCUUCCUUGCGAUCACCGGCGCGGAGGCGACCUUCGCGGACCUCGGCCACUUCUCGCGCGCGGGCGUCCAGCUCGGCUUCGUGGGCCUCGCGUACCCCUCCCUAGUUAUCACCUACUUCGGCCAGGCCGCGUGGCUGAUCAAGCACCCCGACGAAGUCGGCAGCACUUUCUACGCGAGCAUUCCCGGCGGGGACGGCCUCUUCUGGUACAUGUUCGUUGUUGCCACGCUGGCUGCCACCGUGGCGAGCCAGGCCAUGAUCUCCGGCGCCUUCUCCAUCGUCAAACAGAGCAUGGCGCUCGGCUGCUUCCCGCGCCUGCGCGUCUUCAACACGUCGGACAGGGUUACCGGCCAGGUGUACAUCCCGGAGGUUAAUUGGGUUAUGAUGAUCCUAACCGUCAUCGUCAUUGUCAUCUUUAAGAACACCACCAAGCUCGGACUGGCGUACGGUGUUGCUGUAAGCGCCAUGAUGGUCGGCACCGACCUCCUUAUUUUCAUCGUCAUGCUCAUGGUCUGGGAGAGCAACGUCGUCGCGGCCGUCGCGUUUCUGCUCUUUUACGCCUUCUUCGACGGGACUUAUUUGUCUGCGAACCUCGAGAAGGUGCCGGACGGCGGCUGGUACGCUAUCCUCGUCGCGGGCGUCGUAUCGGCGUUGAGCCUCAUAUGGUACUGGGGCACGAGCAAGAAGCUGACGUACCUCUUUGCGAACAAGACCCGCCUCGAGGACCUCGUCACCGUUCACCGCCCCCCGCCUUCCUCCGACGCGCCGUCGGAACGUGCCCUCGCGCCGCGCGACGGUACGCUCGCGAACGCGCGCACCGGGCUGCCCAUCCUGCGCGCGCCCGGGAUCGCGCUGACAUAUUCGGAAACGCUCGUCGGCGCUCCGCCGUUGAUGCCCUCGCUGAUCGACCGCUGGAGCUGCCUGCACCAGCACGUCGUCCUGGUCACCGUCCGCCAGGUGGCCGUCCCAAGGGUGGACCCGGAGGAGCGCAUCCUGGUGCAGAAACUGCCCUACCCCGGUAUGUACCGGGCCGUUGCUCGGUACGGGUACCUGGACCGGGUGAAUCACGGCAGCGCCUUUGUGUUGAAGCUGACGGACAGGCUAAGCACGCUGGACCCGGACAUCAAGCGCGCGGCCGCCGACGCGGACGCGGCCGCGGGCGCGGGCGUCGGGACCGUUCUGUACAUAUUUAGUCGCCAGAAGCUGACCUCCCAUAAGGGGGAGGACGACAACGUGGUUCUCCGCUGGGUACGCCGGUUCAUGCUGGAAACAGUGUACGGCACCAUGGUGAAGUUUGCCCACGUGUCACACGAGGAGUGGGGGAUCCCCCACGCCAAUAAGUUUGAAGGCGGGGCCUCGGCGGGGCAAUGGUCGGAGUCUCGGAGAUUUGUCUGUGCGCUCAUCCCGACCGGGGACUCGGGAGGGCCGGGCCGGUUGUGCAUUCGUUCUAGCAGGUAA